GGCGCUAGCUUUGUACCCAGACGAGCCAGACCAGACGUGCGGUGCAGCCUGCGGGGAAACCGUACCGUGCUCCCUUCAUCCCGGCGUCACGCCUCCCGCCCGCAGCUUCGUUUCUCGGAUCAAAGGCCGUGCAUGCAACAGUAACCCGGCCGGGUCUACGUGCACUGCCGGAGGGGACGCACGGAAGGCGGCGAGAAGGAGCUAGCGCGCGCGCGCCAUGGGUGCCGCGUUCUUGUCUUCAUGGCCGUGGGAUAACCUUGGCUUCUUCAAGUAUGUCUUGUACGGGCCUCUGGUGGGCAAGGCGUUGGCGUCCCGGGCGUGGGAGCCGGCGAGCCCCGACCACUGGCUCUGCCUCCUGCUGGCGCUCUUCGCGCUCCGGGCCUUCACCUACCAGCUCUGGAGCUCCUACAGCAACAUGCUCUUCCUCACCCGCCGCCGCCGCAUCGUCCGCGACGGCGUCGACUUCGAGCAGAUCGACAAGGAGUGGGACUGGGACAACUUCCUGAUACUGCAGAUACUGAUGGCGUCCACGGCGCUCUACGCCUUCCCGUCGCUGCGGCACCUCCCGGGGUGGAACACCGCCGGCUUCGCCGUCGCCGCCGUCCUCCACGUCGCCGCCACCGAGCCCUUGUUCUACGUGGCGCACAGGGCCUUCCACGGCGACCACCUCUUCGCCCGCUACCACGCGCCCCACCACUCCAUCAAGGUGCCCACGCCCUUCACAGCCGGGUUCGCGACGCCGCUGGAGCACAUGGUGCUGGGCGCGCUCAUGGCGCUGCCGCUCGCCGGCGCGUACGCCGCGGGUGUGGGCUCGGUGGGGCUGGCCUUCGCCUACGUGCUGGCGUUCGACUUCCUCAGGGCCAUGGGCCACUGCAACGUGGAGCUGUUCCCCGGCGGCCUCUUCCGGUCGCUCCCGUUCCUCAGAUACCUCAUCUACACCCCAACGUACCACACCAUCCACCACGCCGGGAAGAAGGCCAACUUCUGCCUCUUCAUGCCGCUGUUCGACCGGCUGGGCGGCACGCUCGACGCCACCUCCUGGGAGCUGCAGAGGAAGAACAGAGCAGGGAUGGACGAGGUGCCGGACUUCGUGUUCCUAGCGCACGUGGUGGACGUGAUGCAGUCGAUGCACGUGCCGUUCGUGAUGCGCACCUUCGCCUCCACGCCAUUCGCGGUGCGGGCCUUCCUGCUGCCGCUGUGGCCCAUCGCGCUCCUCUUCAUGUUCAUGGUGUGGGCGUGGUCCAAGACCUUCAUCAUCUCCUACUACCACCUCCGCGGCAAGCUCCACCAGAUCUGGGCCGUCCCCAGAUACGGCUUCCACUACUUCCUGCCGUUCGCCAAGGACGGGAUCAACGACCAGAUCGAGCUGGCCAUCCUCAGGGCCGACAGAAUGGGCGUCAAAGUCGUCAGCCUUGCAGCUCUCAACAAGAACGAGGCGCUCAACGGCGGCGGCACGCUGUUCGUGAACAAGCACCCGGACCUCCGCGUGCGCGUCGUCCACGGCAACACCCUCACGGCGGCGGUCAUCCUCAACGAGAUCCCCAAGGGCACCACCGAGGUCUUCAUGACCGGCGCCACCUCCAAGCUCGGCAGGGCCAUCGCGCUCUACCUCUGCCGCAAGAAGAUCCGCGUCAUGAUGAUGACGCUGUCGACGGAGAGGUUCCAGAAGAUCCAGAAGGAGGCGGCGGCGGAGCACCAGCAGUACCUGGUGCAGGUGACCAAGUUCCAGUCGGCGGAGCAGUGCAGGACGUGGAUCGUCGGCAAGUGGCUGUCGCCGCGGGAGCAGCGGUGGGCGUCGCCGGGCACGCACUUCCACCAGUUCGUGGUGCCCCCCAUCCUCGGCUUCCGCCGGGACUGCACCUACGGCAAGCUCGCCGCCAUGCGCCUCCCCAAGGACGCGCGGGGCCUCGGCUCCUGCGAGUUCUCGCUGGAGCGCGGGGUGGUGCACGCCUGCCACGCCGGCGGCGUCGUGCACUUCCUCGAGGGGUACGCGCACCACGAGGUCGGCGCCAUCGACGUCGACCGCAUCGACGUCGUCUGGGAGGCGGCGCUCAAGCACGGCAUCCGGCCCGUCUGAGCGCUCCUAUCGUAUCGUAUCAUCGCCCCGUGCACUUCCGUCUAGCUACGGCCCAAGUCCGGCCCAAGACAAAACCUUCUACUCUAUUUCUACAGUAGUACUGUAGUAUUCUUUUUCCUUCUCGACGUAUACUGCAAGCUCGGUCGUGUGAAGUGGGGUGCUGGUGGCUCCUAACGAUUCAAUUUACAGCUGUACUGUUUUGAUUUGUACACAAAUAUAUACGGUACAUUCGAGGCAAAA